AUGGACUUCUACUCACGAGCAACAAACGAUGGACCCACUCUUUUGCUGGCCAACAACAUUUUGAUUGUUUACGAAUUCGCGACCGGCUAUGUACUCAAGGACUCGUCGGAACAAUGGGAUGACCGCAUGCACAUCCUCAUCAACAUCUCAUCUUGCGGCACUCUCAUCGGACAAGCAUGGACCAAGUCGGCUUUUGGCGUCACCCUCAUCCGAAUGAGCAACCAAUGGCAGCGAUGGAUUCUUUAUUUCUGUAUCGUUACGAUGAACGUGUACAUGAUCGCCAAGGUUGUCGUUCAAUGGGGAAAAGUUUGCGGCAGCAAGAGUUACGAUGGCGACUACCGACUGAACUUUUGCCUCGAAAAGAAAUUCCGUGACGACUUCAAGGAGGGCGGAAAUGUUUACAACAUUAUUAUGGACUUCGUCUUUGCGUGCUUCCCCUGGUUGAUCACCCGAUCGCUGGAAAUGAGACGCGCUGAGAAGGUUGGCCUAUGUAUCACGAUGAGUUUGGGAAUGAUUGUCGCCAUUGUUGCCGCCAUCAGAGUCAGUUGGAAAGAUGAGGGUAACGGUCGUGAUCAGUGGUACAUCUGGCGCAAUGGCCUGUCCCAAGUCUGGUACUCGUCGGAAAUUACCGGCACCAUCAUCGUGCAGUGCAUCCCCAUUCUGCGCCCGAUUCUCAGAGAAAUCCACACGUCCCUGACGUCCAAGAGACUUGAGUCUACCGCCGGCGGCCAGAGCACAACCUUCGGGAGCAAGCUCAGCAGUGGCAAGCGGAUAUCGACGGGCGUAAUGCAAAACGACAAGCAAGGAAACGAGCGGAUCGCGCUCCGUGAGAUCCCCGAGGAGCCCGCCGACGACUCACCGUACUGGAAGCAGGACCCCGCCCGCUCGUCCGACUCGACGACAUCGCCGUCCGAGACCGACUUCAAGCCGCGCCCGCCCACUGCACCGCUGCCCGACAUGUGGCCGCUAUCAGGAAACGAGAGUGCGGAUCUCAACGGGUCUCACUCCGGCAAGAGCUUGGAUUUCGAGCACGACCCUCACAACAUCUCCCAUUUGGAUGUCGAGCAAGGGCAUGUUCAGCAAGGGUUAUCGCCGCCACCGCCUCGCAGGUUUCCUUAG